GAGGCCUCUGCCUGGGCUUCUGUCGCACGUGGGGAGUUUGCUGUUCGUUUCGUUUUAAAAUUCGAGAGAGAGAGAAAACAAAAUUUUUUACAUCGCUGUGCGUCUUAUUGACACUUGAGUGUACAGUGUGCCUAAUUUGGAAAGUGACGACCAAACGAGUUUUUUGAUGAUUUUUUUGUUUCGUUUAACUGGAUUAGCAUAGGACAUGUGGGAUUUUUCAAAGCUGCCAAGGAAAAAGACGAAAACGCUUCAAUCUUGUUGCUGUUGCGUUUUUAUCUGACCGAAAAGAAAGAAGAAGAAAACAAAAACAAAAAAUGAGUUCGAAUGGAACUGCAGAAAUGGUGUGUUCGAAACCUUCGCGUGUGGCCGGCAAAAGCGGUUUAGAACGAUCGGCUACCGGAAGCGGGUUAUCAGCUGGUCGUGCCGUCCAGCCAUCAAACAGUGACAUAAUUAUCAGCAACGCCAAUAAAAACACUCCGGAGAAGAGGAGCUCUCCCGCGUGCAGCGAAUCGCCGCGCAAAACGUUGCGACGCCGCGGCGUCAAAACGGAAGACGACGACGACGAAGACGCUGACAUGGCGGCGACGACAACGACGACGACGACUCCUGCGGACGAAACGAAUGACUACUACCCCGUGGCGGAAGACAAUGUGGCCGCCACUGCAGUGGUGGACACUGUCUGCGAGGACGUGUCCGUCGCCGUGACGGGCAAAAAAAAUAUUCGCGGCAAAGUUUGGCGAGCUCGCAACGGCGAUUACGUCAGAUACUUGUGCGUUGACGACGGAGCAGAUUAUCGUCCAGGAGAUGCCGCUUACAUUGAAAGCCAAUCAGCUGACCAACCCUUCUUUAUCUGCACCAUCCAAGAAUUCCGGCGGAGCAAGCGCGACACAUUGAUGGUCAACAUUAAAUGGUACUAUCGACCCUGUGAAGUUCCCGAAACGGUGUAUCAGCUGUUGGUGCAAGACCGCAACACAGAACAAGGCAACAAGAUCUCGUUUCUUCAUGAUCCCGUGAUUAAAGGCCGCGAGCUGUUUAUAUCCGACGCCACCGACACCUAUCCCGUAUCCUUGCUCAGGGGCGUGUGCCGCGUCCAGCAUUUCACUGACAUCCAAGGCGCUGAGAAGUUUUCCCCAUUCAAGGAUUCGUUUUUCUACAUUUUAGGCUACAAUCCAGAAACACGCAGACUGGCGUCCACCCAGGGUGAAAUUCGGGUCGGGCCGUCCCACCAGGCCCGGCUACCGGAAUUGCGUGCUCAGUUGGGGCUGGACAAACGUCCAGAGAGAUGCGAGGACUGGGAGGAGCCGCGCUGGGUGCCACCGCCUAACGCUCCGGGUGUGCGCGAUGGCGAUCUGAUCGUCUACAUUCAAGCUGCCCGUUCGGUGGCCGCUUUUGUCGGGAUGUGCGAUGGCGGAUCACCCGACGACGGAUGCCUGGCUGCAUCCCGUGACGACACCACCAUCAACGCCAUGGACGUGCUGCACAAUUCGAGCUACGAUUUGGGGAAAGCGCUGCAGACGCUGGCCAAAUGCCCCGUACCUAAAGGCAUCGACAAGAAAUGGUCCGAGGACGAAACGAAACGUUUCGUCAAAGGACUACGACAGUACGGCAAGAACUUUUUCCGCAUCCGUAAGGACCUUUUGCCCCACAAGGAUACGUCGGACUUGGUGGAAUUUUACUACUUGUGGAAGAAGACACCGGCCGCAGCCAAUCAACGACCUCAUCGUCGACGUCAUCGACAGAGUGUCCUCCGCCGGAUACGCACGACCCGCAACACUCGCGCCGCCAAGGAAGAACCCGGAGACUUGAGCUCGGCCAGCGAGGAUGAUAAUUCUGAUGAAGAUUCAGAUUCGAGAGAUUUAGCUGCUUAUCACUGUCGCCACUGUUUCUCUACAUCCUCGAAAGAUUGGCAUCAUGCGGGCAAGGACAAGGCCCUCUUAUGUACGGAUUGUCGAGUGCACUUUAAAAAAUACGGCGAGUUGCCCCUGUUAAAAACUACUCAGCAAGCCCAGGCCAGCGAGAGUGAGGCUCGCUCAGAGCCGCCGUACAUGUUUCGUCCCGUCCAAAAUCCUGACGAUGAAGAAGUGGAGGGCCGUGUUCGCACUAGAACACGCACAAAAGAACUGAACGCGAGGAAUCGACCCAAGCAAGACAGCGGCAACAACAGUCCGGAACCGGAAGGCAACGAGCGGCGAAGUCACCGGAAAUCGCCCAGCUCGGCCAGCAACUGUUCGUCGUCGUCGUCUUCGGUCGUGCAUGAGAAAGAUAAAGGCAAUAACGGGAACAAAGCCAAGUCGAUGGUGGAGAGUCCGAGUAAAGGGCACAAGAGACGCCACGGAGGCGGAGGAGCUGGAAGCACUGGCGGCAGUGGCGGCACCGGUGGCGAAGUGCCUGGUCCAGAUCGCGAGCAGGCCGGCAACGGCAACGAAGAUGAGCGUGGUCAGCCUCGUCAAAAGAAAAAGAAAAACGACGCCAAUUCUGAAAGCCCAUCGGAAAGUGUGUCGAGCGAAAGCAGCUCACUGGAAGAUAAUGGUAUGGAUGGAUUGGACGGCGAAGUUGACCAAGAUCUGGAGCCAAGCGAAGCCCGUAGCGCCGGUUCCGGGUCUGCCGCUGGCGGUUCGCGAACCUCGUCCCCGGAAAUGCCGGCCGGCAAGAGCUCCGACGCCAAUCCGUCUGCCGUUGCCGAGCAAUCGACUGGGCCGAACGAGCCCUCCGCCGUUCAAAUCUCGAGCGUCAACAAUGCCUCUUGCCCGACGUCCGGCCCGACGUCCACCGCCGUCCUGGCCAAUGGAGUGGGCUCCAACGAUGGAAUGCCGGACGAGAAGAAGAGAAGCGAUUCCCCCAGUCCGCCGCUGACGUUGACCGGCCCUCCCCCACGUCCGGGCAGUUUCGAACCGGUGAAGUCGAACCAGUCCGACGAUUUGCCUCCCAUGGUGAAACUGGAACCUGACUACAAUCCGGCCGCCAAUAAUUCUGCGACAAACGAGGACGUCAAAAGCCGUCCGGCAGCGCUUUUGUCGCCCAGCUCUCAAGACAAAAUGGCGUCUUUAGGGGGCAUGGAUGGCAAGAUGCCGCCCGCCCCGUGGCUGGGCAAAGAGGAGAUGUCACUCUCUAAUUUCGGCGCCGGUGGCGGUGGCGGCGGCCCAACGUCGCCUAAACUGCAGUCGCCCACCACGUCGUCGUGUCCGCCUCCGCUGGACAUGUCGAUCGCCGCGGCCGACGUUGCCAGUGGUGCCCUCAGGAAUGCCAGCAGCGGUGGUGCCUCAUCGGGGUCUGGCCUGCACCCGUCGCCUUUCAUGGUGCCGCCGGCCCAUUCCGGCUUCAUUCGACCCUAUGCGCCGCUGGAAUCGGCCGCCGCCGUGGCCGAUGCGGUCGCUUACUCUAUGGCGUCUCCUGCCCCGACGACGCUUGCCACUUCGAUUUCGACUGGCGGCCCGUUGGGUCUUGGACCGUUGCCGAUGCAGGGCACGCGCGACCUGCCCGAACAGAGCGAACCGCACAACUUGAAAAUCAAACAGGAAAUGGUGGAUCCGGCGGCCGUGGCGGCAGCGGCGGCGGCGGCGGCCUCGUCGGCUGUCAACUCGGCCUCCUUACGGGACAUGUCUUCCAUCCCGCGAGAUGGAUCGAUGCCGCCUUUAGGCGGUGGCUUCGUGUCCUAUCCCCCCACUGUCCCUAUGGCCUCUCUGAUGGAACCCAAGCGCGAACCUGGACUGGCACAUCCCCACCCGACGGCCUCUCCUCGGCUGGACAAGUCGGUCGGUGGAAUGGGUCUCGGUGGCAGUUCAUCGUCAAACAGUUCCAAAUCGAGCCCGGCCAUUAAGAAAGCAUCUACGCCUACUCCGCAGCAGCACCACCAACAACAGCAGCAGCAGCAGCAGCAACAGCAGCAAGGUCUCACGCAAUCGCAACAAUCUCAGCCGCCAGCACCUCCUCCGCCGGCCCAUUCUCUGCCUUAUCCGCCUCAUUUCCUGCCUCACGGUCUGGGAUUGGGACCGCCUCAAGGGUUGCCUCUGUCGCCGUAUCAUCAGCCGGGAGCGCACGCUUAUUCUCCCUACUACCCGUACCCGUUUGCGUAUCACUACCCGCCCAUGCGGAUGCACGCCCCUCCGCCGCCGGCGUCGUCUGGACCGCGGCCUCAGUCGCCGACGUCGUUCGCCGUCGUCUCGUCCGGAUCGGGUAAUUUCCCUCCGUCCUCUGUCGCCAAUUACCACCAGAGUUCUCUCAACCUGGGCAACUUCCACGCGUCACCUUCGGGCGUUGUCAACCCGUUCGCGCCCGGCGGUCCGGCAGCCGGCAACAAUGGAAACGGAAAUAAUGGAUCAAUGUCGGCGUCGAUGCAUCCUUCGCCGCCCGUCACUUCGACGUCGUCUUCGUCGUCGUCGUCCUCUUCCUCUUCCGGCCACGGCAACGUCAGCGGACGGCCCUACAGCAACAAGGGACCGUCGGAUCCGUCUCAAAUGGCACCGACGCAGCCUUCGCGAUCACGAUCGCCUCCGCUCUCCUCUUCCUCCUCCUCGUCUGCUGGGCCCAAUGUUGGGCAGGGGCCUCUUAAGCGAGGGCCCAGCCCGCCACCCAAACGGCCGCACCAUCCGUCUUCGGUAGCCAUGCCGGCCAUGUCGCACUCGAUGUCUUCGUCCUCGCCGUACUUGCCCAUCUUCUCGUCGCCGGCCUCGUCGAGUGGCGGUCUCGGCAGCGGCGGCUAUCCGCCCACUUCGGGCUCGAUGCCGACGUAUUCCGGCGUGGGGCCGAGCUCGUUUAGUUUCGGUGCUCCGUCGCUUGCUGAUUUGCAAGCCAAAUCGGAGUCGCCCUGGAAUCACCACCCGCAUCAUCCUCACUCACUGCCUCUACCUUUGUCUCAUCCGCAUCAUCACCUGCAGCCUCGUUCGUCCACGCCCAUCCAGCCGGUGGCCUCGACCUCAACAUUGUCCCAUCCGGCUGCCGGGCUGACGUUGGCGCCCGUUUCGCCGACGGUCGGCAACCAUUUGAUGGCCGGACUUGUUCCUCAAUCAUCCGCCUCCUCUUCGUCGGCGGCUGCUGCUGCUGCUGCGGCGGCGGCAGCGGCGGCGGCGGCCCUCGGGGCCUCUCACGAUGAAGCCAACAACACGAUGCACGAGGACAUGGAUGACGAUGCGCCCAGUCCGGUGACCAACACCAUUCCCCGCGGACCGAGUCCCGAACCAAGAAUUGAAGAUUCCGAGUGCCAUCGCAGCCAAAGUGCCAUUUUCUUGCGUCACUGGAAUCGCGGCGAAGGAAGCUCCUGUGCUCGAACCGAUCUCACUUUUAAGCCGGUGCCUGAUUCCAAGUUGGCGCGCCGACGGGAAGAGCGACUACGGCGGCAAGCUGAACGCGAUCGGGAUGAACGAGAAAAAGAAAAAGAGAGGGAAAGAGCUGCUGCUCAUGCGCGAAAAGCGGCAACGCCUGACAAGCGCGAAACGCCUAAGCCUUCAACGUCUGGAGCCGGACCAAUCGAAACCAUCACUUCUCCUGGAUUCGAUCGAUUCGGCCCACGUCCGUACCCCGAUACCCCGGCCUUGCGUCAAUUGAGUGAAUAUGCUCGUCCCCAUACGGGUUUCUCUCCUGGUGGUAUGCAACGAAACGUCCAAGGCGGACUUGGACUCGGCCCGCCGGCCAUGGAUCCUAUGCUGCACUAUCAGCUUGCCAGCAUGUAUGGCGCCGGAGCACGGGAGCGUCUCGAACUGGAGUUGGAACGUGAGAAGCGAGAGCGAGAGCUUCGAGAGCUGCGAGAGAGAGAAAUAUCUGAUCGAUUCAAGGAAGAGAUGUUGAAAAAUGGAGCCGGCAUGCCACCGGGCAUGGGAAUGCCGGGUGGUCCUGGAGGUCUUGGACCGAGACUUUCCGGCCCCCUUGAUCCCCAUUGGCUUGAACUUCAUCGCAGGUAUGCUGGAAUACCUGGCGGCCCACCUCCUGGUGCAGGAUUAGGUCCUCCUCCCGGUUUCGGUUUGUACCAAUUGGGAGGUAAUCCAGCUGGAGGUGGCGGACUGAACCCGAUGGAACGCGAACGACUCGAGCGGCUCGGCCUGCAGCUGCCCAGCGGUAUGGGAGGCUCGAUGGGCGGACCUCAAGGACCUGGCAGUGGAGGUGGCGGCGGCGGCGGUGGUGGUGGACCAGGCGACCCGCGUUCCGAGGCUCAAGCGCGAGACCAUCAGGCAGCCGUCGAUCGGUUGCAGGCGGAGCGCAUCCAUGCAGCCAUGGCGGACCAACUUCGUCUACAAAUGGCUGGUCUUAACCCCGAACUCCACACUCACGCUCACGCCCACACUCACAAUCACCUCCAUCUCCAUCCCUCAGGUCAAGAUAUGCCACCGCCGCCGGGAUUCCCGCUCAACGCCGGAUAUCCCAGACCUCCGCCGGGCAUGCUUCACCAAGACAGCGCGCUGGGACUGCAUCCGGCCGCUGCCGCCGCCAUGCUGGGUCGUCCCUACGACGAACAGUUUGCCCGGCAAUUUGCAGCUGAACAGCAGCUCCAGCGGCAGAUGAUGGAGCAGCGAUUCCCUCAUCCCGGUGCUCCACCCUCUGGCGCACCUUCAGGUCCUUCCCUACAUCCCCAUGCUCAUCCCAAUAUUGUUGCUCAACACGAAGAGUACAUUAGGUAUAAUAACACUGUUAGAACUAGUGACGACGGCUUCUUCUGGUUCGGCCAGUUUCUUAAUGAAAUUUCGUUAUCUCACUCCAGGCAACAGCAACAGCGUGAAAGAGAGAUGAAGGUACGAGCCAUCGAGGAAGCUGCUCGCGGGGGUCGACCUUAGUUGGAGAUCUUGAAUGCCGAUAAUGAAUAAAUUAAAUAUUGUGGUUCUUAUUCUCUUGCUUUUUCACCCCUUAAAAAAGAGAACGAUGGCUUUUAAAGCAAAAAAAAAAAAAAAAAAAUUGGAAAUAAUAAUAAUAACGUUUUUUUUUUAUUAUUGUUUUUUUUUUUUAUAUUUUUCCCUUUUUUUAAUUUUUUUUUUUUUAAUUUCUCAAUUCCUUUGUGUACAUACCACCCUUAACAAGUUUUGCUAUCGUUUGACAUUUUAAAGUAGUAACUGGCAAUGCUAUAAGAGAGGAGUCCCACUGGUUAUUGAGCCAAUCUCCCUCCUCUCUUCACAUCUUGAAAAUUCUCGUGUUCUUGUACUAUGCGUGUGCAACUACAGUAAUAAAUAUGAAGAGAUUUUCUCUUA